GAAAUGAACGAGUUAAAGAACAAGGGCGUUAAGAGGAUAUUGAAUAUGGCAAUCGAAUGCGAAGACAUGAUUGGGUUGAAAGACACGUUCGAGAGUUAUUUGAAAUUGUGUCUCAAGGAUAGUGUCGAGGAAGAUGUUGAGAGUGGGUUAAAGGUUGCUGUAGAGUAUAUCGUCCAAGCUCAGAGAGACCAAUCUCCCAUAUACGUACAUUGCAAGGCAGGAAAAUCGCGAUCCGUGACGGCCGUCCUUGCUUUCCUGAUCGAAUCACGUCGCUGGACGCUUCGUCAUGCAUACGACUAUGUUGUCGAGCGCCGAAAAGGGAUCUGUCCAAACAUUGGAUUUGUUGCCGAACUGAUGCGAUUAGAGGAAAAAGUACUGGGAAUAAGACGAUCGAGCAUGACUACAGAAAUGGAUUGGGCGGAAAAUGAAGCCAUGGAUAAAAAUAAUAAAGUCGAAUCGUGUGGAAUGGGAG